GCAAUGCUGUACUACCGCUGUUGGCCGUUCACCCUCACCGGAUUUCACAGUUGCCUCUACCCCAUCAACAUGCCCCGCUUACGAAAGUAAGAGACAGCUUAGUAUAACUAUUUCCGGCGCAGACAGUCAGGAUGAGAUUACCGCCGAUCCGAGUACAAGUCAACAAACCGUACCCCAUAUUGCACGUGCACUUGCUUGUCGAAAAGGAGCCGU